UAAAUCUCAUCUUACUCUCUCAUUAUCCCCGUAGUGUCUCCCACUCUCUCUCGAUAAACAAUGGCGACUCUAUACGCCCCAUCUUUACUAACGCCAAAAUCUCUCCUUUCACCUCGCCCUCAACUCACACUUAGCCUUCGACCUAACUCACCGAGUCUCAAACUCCCAACUCGGUUUCGCUCUGGCUCGAUUCUGUCCGUCAAAGCUGGACCAAAAGACAGCGACUACUCCUCAAAGAGGAGCAGCAGCAAUGAACCGAGGGAGACGAUAAUGUUACCUGGCUGUGAUUACAACCACUGGCUCAUUGUAAUGGAGUUUCCCAAAGACCCAGCUCCCACUAGAGAGCAAAUGAUUGAGACUUAUCUCAACACUCUUGCUACCGUUCUGGGCAGCAUGGAGGAAGCAAAGAAAAAUAUGUAUGCUUUCAGCACCACCACUUACACUGGAUUCCAGUGCACUGUGUCUGAAGAAACAUCUGAGAAAUUCAAGGGACUGCCAGGAGUUCUCUGGGUGCUGCCCGACUCAUACAUAGAUGUCAAAAAUAAAGAUUAUGGAGGUGAUAAAUAUGUAAAUGGGGAGAUAAUUCCAUGCACAUAUCCUACUUAUCAGCCAAAGCAACGAAAGGAAUCAAAAUAUGUUAGCAAACGAUAUGAGAGACGACGAGAUGGUCCUCCACCUGAACAAAGAAGACCAAGACAAGCAGCAGCUCAGUCAGACUCAACAUCUGGAUAAGUUUGGAAGCAAAGGCCAAUUGUACUAUGCUGCCGUGGAUAUUGGUUGUAUAAUUAAGACCCCUGUUUUGUGAGUUAUUCAUCUGUUCAUGAUUUUUCUUUUUCUGGGUUAAAGUCUCUCUUUGCUAGAGUUUUGGAAACAUUUGUGCUAAUGGACUUUUUCAGAUUCAUUGUUACGUGAGUUAAAUGUCUAGUAGUACUUUUGUAUCAGAUUUCCUCACCUAGUUAUACUUUUGGAAACGUUUAUCAAAAAAUUUUCAUUUUAA